AUGGGGACGUGGGCGGUUCCCCUGGAAGCCGAGACCCCGGAUGACGCAGAGGCACAGGCGGUCGUCGUGGCUGUGAAGCUCGCCUAUGCAGAAGCAGACAAGAAGAGACAAGACAGCGAGGACCGGAAAAAGCCGACAACGGUGAUGAUUUUCACCGACUCCCAAGAAGUGUUGAGGGCAUGCAAAGAAUAUCGUCUCGCGAGCCCGACGGUAGGACAGACCAUGAAGACAGCCAUCUGCACAAGCGAGCACCACGGAAUCCGCUUGCAGAUACGCUGGGUCCCGGGGCACUCGGGCGUGGAGGGAAAUGAGGCGGCCCACGUAGCUGCGAGAGAGCACAAGCGUUUUCUCCUCUCCAGCGCCAACGGCCCACUUAAACAGCGAGCAGCCGAAAUCAGUAACGGCUACCGCGAGUACAACCCAACUGCGUUGACGGCCAAGGCAAAGGCGAAGCUCAAGAAGGAGAUGAGUACCAGACUGCCCCAAGAACCGUACCUUGUCCUCACCCGAUGCCUCAGGAGGUACCAGACGGUGCUGCUGAGACGGGUGAUGACGGGUAGUGCGGUAACGCCAUAUUUUCUCAAGAAUUGGGCUGACGAAAUGAAAAAGCGAAAUGAUCCCGAGUAUGUUACGGAGGCCCCAAGCUGCAACCACUGCAAGAAACCUACCUGCCCUGACGUCGCACACCUUCUUUGGGAGUGUGAGCAUUUCAAAAAGGAGAGAGAAGCUAUAGCCUCCCUAAACGAUGAAGAACGACCGGGAGACCUAGGAGCCUGGAACCGGCCACCGGAAGAGGACGAAGAGAUAAGACAGAGUGCUGAGAUCUGUGGUCUUCUACAUGAAGAAAACGGGACUCAGCCAGUCCUUCUAGCCAGUCUUGGGUAG